UAGUAAUCAAUUGCAGGCCCAACAGCCCAGACCACAUAGAGCAGCGUAGAGCAGCGCAGAGCAGGCACAGCACCGCACCACAGGCAUCGCAGAGCAGGCACAGCACUCGUCGAUAAGCCACAAGACCCAUAAGACACUGUUGAUUGUUUUUGUGUUGCAUCCAGCGGAUCCACGCAACUGUUGCCACCUGUUGCCACCCUUUUUUGUUUCUGUUUUCGUGUUUGUUUGCUGUUUUGGACGAAGCCCAGCCCCCCGCAGGCAUUUGAUCAACGCCGCCAUUUAUAGAGAUACACAUACACAGACAGACGCCCCAGACCCUAGACCAUGAGGCAGCCAAGCAGACAGCAAAUUCUGGCGCUGGCCCUGUGCAGCGCCGUCUGCCUGAUCAGCGCCGUACCCGUGCCCCAGCCCGCCGGCAACCAGGAACUGGAUGUACUGCAGAUACCGCUGGCCAAUGGCAAGGAAAUCGAUGUCUUGACAUUGGGCGCCAAAGAUCAAGAACAAUUGAUAGCCGAUCGCAAUAAAAGAACGAUUGGAUUGCUGCGUGAACUGUUUCCGGAUAUAACCAAGCAAAUCGAUGAGCAAGCGAACCGCAUCAUCUCCAAGCUGCUGCGCACCCUAGGGCCCACGGUGCUCCGGACGGCCAUCCAGGGCAACAGCGCCAAUGCGGCAAGGACCAGCUUCGAUGCGGACUUCGACGACGACGAUGACGAGACCAGUAGCAGCAGCAAGGGUGACAGCACCUCCAGUAGCUCCUCCACUACCAGCGACUCCAGUGGCACACGAGUGACCAUCGAGCUGCCAACCUUCGAGCCCGACGAUGACAACGAGAUCGAUGCGGUGGAUAAGAGCAGCAGCAGCAGUACCACCACCUCAACCACCACUGAGUCGACUGACACGCUGUAAAGUCACAACCAAAAACGACUAAAAGAAUACCCCCUACAACAACCACAACAACAACAACAACCACCACCACAGCCACAGCCACAGCCACAUGUGACCACAACAGCCUCCCCUCCAACAGAUUCGCUUAAAUGUUGAAAUUAUAUUAAAGGAAAUGAAAUGAAAUAUUAGCAUUGUUAACCAACAUGAAAGUUGUUUUGAAAUUACUUUUCCCACACUGGUUUUGAGCACACACCCACACAUACAAGCACAAGAAAUAUCUGUCUCUGUCUCUCCCUCUCUAUGUCUUAAGCUCGCUGCUUGUCUCUCUCUCUCUCUCUCUCUCUGACUGUACUAUAUCUGCCUCUGUCCUCUCCUCUACUCAGAACCUCUACCUACAUUUAUCUAUAUCUCCAUCUGUCUCUAUACAUCUGUACCUCUUCCCAUGCACACUCUCAUUCACUCGACCCUAGGCUAGUAGGUGUUUUUUUACAAGAAUAUAUUUGACAUUUAUAUUGUAUUAGUUGUGUAAGACAUUUUUUUAAUACAUUUCCAAAUAUACCGAAUUAAUGUUUACUACCCUUCUCUCGUAUGACUUUUGCUAUUGAAAACAUACUCGCUCCAGACACAUUCUCUCUAUACAAUAUAUAUUUUAUUUUUCAUUCCACACUUUUGGUGCCCAGACAGUCUGCGAAAACCACUCGUCAUUUUUGGGAAAAGAGUCAUGCAUUUUGCUCAAUUGAUCGAAACAAGUCACUCUUUUUUUUUUGGGAAGAGCAAACCUCCCUCAUACUCAUGAGUACCCUCAUUCACAUCUCCGACUUCUCACCAUCCAAAGCAUCCACAAAAGCGAUCUAUAUCCGUAUAUCUUUAUUUAUUCAUUCCUACAUUCCUGAUCGUCUAUUGCAAUCGUCUUUCUGCCGCUCUCAAGCACAAAGAAGCAAAAACAAAAGAGUUGACAAACAGAUGAGCAACAAUUUCCAUUCUUCCAAUACAAUAGUGCUUGUACAUAGAUAUUUCUCCUCUCGAGUCCAGAGAUAUGUAACUUUGAAGCAAUCCGAUUAAGACUAUCGAAUACUCUAUAUACCAUACGGAGAGCCCUGGGCUUGGCGCCAUCUCGUCGCCUGAUCUUGAUGGAUCGGUUUUUUGUUUUGUUAAUGUUUAGUGCUCCGUUUUGCCUAUACUGCCUUCUCCACUCCACUCCUUUUGUUUUUCUCUUUUGCUUAUUUUUGUAUCUUUUUCUCUUUAUUUUCAUGUUCCAUUAAAACCCGAUUCGAUUUGUGCAAUAUCAAUAACUCACAAAAAACAAAACAAUCAAACGAUAAACUGAUAACCGAUAACUGACAACCGAUACCUGCAAAUCAUUCGACAAUCAAACAACAAUCGAAACGAAAUUGCAAUCGUAAUCGAUAUCGAUAUCGAAAUGUAUACAAAAAUACAUCGAACGCCUUUGUGCACGUGCAUUUAUCCAUUCAUCACACGAAAUGAAUCGAUCAAUCAAACAAAUCGAUUGUGCAAAUCGCCUAAAACAACAUGCCAUAACAUUCCUCCCUCUCUACCUCAACCUAACCUCACAUUAAUCACACCACACGCAUACACACACACACACACACACUCUCGACACUGGACACUCGACACACAAAACACACCACACUUCGCCGAAUCCUAUGCUUUAUUCCUCAACCCUUUUGCUCCACGCUCCCUGUUGCCCAACCCCCUCCCUCUGUACACACACACACACACAAUCGCACAUAACCAACGCAAAAUUCGAAAUUAAAAAAAAAAAAAAAAACCA